UCGGAGUUUAACUAGUUUAUCAUGGCUCGUACUAAGCAAACUGCGCGUAAGUCGACUGGUGGAAAGGCUCCGCGUAAACAACUGGCUACCAAGGCCGCCCGUAAGAGCGCGCCAGCCACUGGCGGAGUCAAGAAGCCACAUCGUUACCGUCCCGGAACAGUCGCUCUUCGUGAGAUCCGUCGUUACCAAAAAAGCACUGAGCUCCUCAUCCGUAAAUUACCAUUCCAACGUCUGGUUCGUGAAAUUGCUCAGGACUUCAAAACUGAUCUCCGAUUCCAGAGCUCAGCCGUGAUGGCCCUCCAGGAAGCCAGCGAAGCCUACUUAGUUGGUCUCUUUGAAGACACCAAUCUUUGUGCCAUCCACGCCAAGCGUGUCACCAUCAUGCCUAAAGACAUCCAGUUGGCCCGUCGUAUCCGAGGAGAACGUGCUUAAGUUAUUUCGACAUCAAUAACCAAUAAACCAAACGGCCCUUUUCAGGGCCAUCAAAUUUAUCACACUAAGAAAAUUCAACAAGUCAUUCUCCUGUUUAUCACCUCUGAUCAGUAAAUAAUUUUAUUCCCCAUACUAAUACAAAUUGCUUAGUAGAUAUUCUAUUGAGAAAAUCUAACAGAAUCCAAUAGAUUCUCAUAAAUUCCCAAAGAGAUUUUGUGAGAAAUGCUAUAGUUAAGUAUAGACCUUAUACAUACAGCAAUAAAAACCUAUCGGAUUUUUGAAACAGUUUACUUCAAUCAUCCCGAUAGUAACAUAGGAUCCCAUCUUCACUACUAAAUAAUUAUUUACAAUGAAUAAUAUUUUUAUAUUGUAAUUAUUUACAUCACUACCAUUUAAUAAUGGAAUGAACAUUUUAAUAUAUUAAAAACUAGCAGCUACUCCGAUUGAUUGAGUUCGAUAUUUAACAGAAGUGGUCCCUGUUUAAAAUUAGUACUAAACUAUGCCGAUUAAAUUAUAACAUUGCAUGACGAAUUGAGAUAUCACUACAGACUGCUUAUCUAUGUAGUUGAAUUUCUUUUACCAUUAUUAAGGCUCAUACACAUUGCUUCUAUAUAAAUGAAUUUGUCAAAUGAUAUGACUGACAAAUUUGAAAGGUGUACUCUUAUUAAAAACUCCAUUUGAUACUCAAUUGGAAAAUAAUAUAUUACUUUUUAUUAUUUUCCAAUCAUAUUCAUUCUGAGUUUUUAGUCCGAGGCCAAUAAUGAUCGGAACAGAUUAAAAGUAUAUGAUGUAAAAAUCAAUAUUUACUGAUCAAAGUAUAUUACAAAAGACUUGAAAAGAAAGAAUUAUUCUUUCAUUUACACUAAAAUAUAAAUGUUGAGAAACAAAUUCAUAAUUAAAAUUCACUUAAAAUCUUGUAAGGCUUAAUUGUGAUAGAUUAUCACGAUAUAUUCCCAUGUAUAUGUGUAAGCAUAAACACAAGCUUUACUGGUUUACAGUAUUAUUAAAUGUAAUUUUAAAAAUGUGACCCAACUGUUACUUACAUUAUUGACAACAACAAACGGUGGUAAUAUGAAAUAAAAUAUUUGAAAUACUGAACCUAAAUGAUUAUUUAGUGAAAAUUAUAUAAA